AGCUCGGCAGUGCGGUGGCACGCCGGUACUUCAGCCUGACAACCUCGUUGUGCUCCUAAAAUAAAUGUCAAACUUUAUCAAACUGUGAAGAUGCAUUUCGGUGGCGCUAAGAUGCGGUGUUUGUUUCAAACUUAAGUGUUUGUCAAUUUGUAAUUAGUGACGAACGAAGAGUCGUGAUUUAGGGCUACGGUGAAUUUCGUGACGCCUCAUUACCAUGGAAACAGUGCUCGUGCGCUGAGAGGAAACAGUCCGUGCUAACUUCAUCAUCAACGUCUCUAACGGGGUCGGGAAACAAAUUUAACCUGUUGGAUAUCUGUUAUUGUCUUUUCUUGUUUUGCUGUUUCGGAUUUAUCCCCAGUUUAAGUUUGCUACAAACAAGGCAAGUAUGACAGAGCUUCAAAAGGAGAAGAGGUUCCACAACUUGACCCUCGAGCAAGUCCAAGCUCUGGACAAGGUCCUGACUGAAGUUAUCCCCAUCUAUGGAAGAGGAAACUUUCCGACACUCCAGGUGAGAGCCAAAGACAUCAUCCGUGUGGUAAAGGAUCGUCUGAUCGAAAGAGACAUCCAGGUCAAAGAUAUUCGACUCAAUGGCGCAACUGCCAGCCAUGUCCUGGUGAGGGAUAACGGCCUAGGCUACAGAGACUUAGACAUAAUUUUUGGAGUGGAGCUGCCAAGGCAGGAGGACCUCCAGGUGAUUAAAGAGGUAGUUCUGGGGAGUCUACGAGAUCUCCUCCCUUGUGGAGUAAACAGACGGAAGAUCACCUCUCUGACAAUGAAGGAAGCCUACGUCCAAAAGAUGGUAAAAGUCUUCAAUGAGCAUGACAGAUGGAGCCUGAUCUCGCUAUCUAACAACAGGUCUAAAACCGUGGGACUCAGGUUUGUCAGUUCCCUUCGGAGGCAGUUUGAGUUCAGUGUGGAUUCCUUCCAGAUAAUAUUAGAUCGAAUGCUGGAGUCCUACUGGGAUACUGAAAGGAGACAGGGUGGAAAACCGGCAUUGAAUAUCGGAAAUUCAUCUAAAAGAGACAGUGGGGAUAAGAAGACGGAGCAAGAGCAAGCCAGCAAUCCUCUGGAUUCAGAUCACCUAAAAGACUCAGCAAUGGCAACUGGUGAAGAAAAUCGUUCUACCAAUGAAGCAGUUUCCAUGCUUGACAAAGAGCUUCCAGGUGAGGUUGAGCAUGGGGAUGAAGAGCACGAGGCACAGGAGGCAUUAAAAACUAAGAACAUUAACUUACAGCAGGAGAACAAGGAGGUGGAUGGCAUAGAUUAUGUUCAUUCAGAGGAGGACAUUGUGUUUGAGUUAUGUGACGAAAGUAGAGAAGAGAAAGGACAGUUUCAACAGGUAUCUUCCCCUAAAGCUUUAUUUGCAGAUGUCAAUGAUCCAUCGAUAACACAUGACUGUUUUAAGAUGCAGAGUAACAAAGAGCUUCCUGUGUCAAACGUUUCCCCUCCAGCAUCUACGACAUGUUUGGAAGAGUCAUCUCCAAAAGAUAAAGUCCUUGGUGAAGACAUCACUCAGUUCAAAGAAGACUCUAUAAUCUGUAGGACUGUAAGUAGCUCAGAUGUACACGAUUCAAAUCUUGAAUGCUCCUUUCCUCCUCCAGCUAAGAAAACUUGCAGCACAUCCCAGGACAUUAUACCAGACCAUUGUCCUUCCCCAAAACUACAAAGAAAAAUGUCUCGGAAGAUGAUCACGAAGCCUGAAAAAUGGUCUUUACUGAAUGAUUUGUCAGAUCUUACGACACAGCUUUUCCCCCCCAUAGAAAUCCCUAAAACACUUCAGCCGAUGCCUCCGGUACAGGACAGCACUCAAGAAGCCCUUAGCUCAAGCAUUUCAGAUACCAAGUCAGAGACCCCUGAGAUCCUUAGGGUUCCAAAGUACAGUUUAGCUAGAACAUCUCCUGAUGGAACAGGCUCGAAUGAAAAUAUAGAACAAACUGUGAAGCCAAAGCACUGGAAGAAGCCACCUGAUUUGGACAAUCAAAGCCACACAUGUACAACAUACAUGCCCUCACAGGUAAUAGACAAUGUCCAGAAAAGCUGUGGGGAAAACUCAAGGGCAAGGCCAACAGAGGAUUUGACCAUCACUGUGGAAGCAGAGUGCAUGUAUGGAGACUUCCAACAGGCCUUGGACCACCUUCACCACCGCCUCAUUGCCACCCACAGUCCAGAGGAGAUCCGGGGAGGGGGCUUGCUGAAAUACAGCGACUUGCUGGUGAGGAACUUCAGACCAGCCAGCGAAACAGAGAUCAAGUCCUUGGAGCGAUACAUGUGCUCCCGUUUCUUCAUCGACUUUCCUGAUGUGAACGAGCAGCAACGGAAGAUCGAGGCUUACCUGCAGUGCCAUUUCAUUGGCAACGAGGAGGCAAGUAAGUACGACUACUUGAUGACCCUGAGGCGCGUGAUAGAUGAGAGCACAGUGUGUUUGAUGGGACAUGAGAGGAGGCAGACGCUCAACAUGAUCACAGUUCUUGCUCUGAGGGUGUUGGGUGAGCAGAACGCCAUCCCUAACACGGCCAAUGUCACCUGUUUUUACCAGCCUGCUCCGUAUGUGACAGAGCCGAUUUACAGCAGCUACUUCAUCACCCAGGCCCAGCCCCCGCUCGUCUACCACCCCUACCCUCCUUUACAUGUCCACAUGCAGACUGGCCUGGUGUAGCAAAUGUGACGUGCCCAUGUAGGCAGCUUUCAGCAUGGUGCUCUGCAAGCUCAGGCACAAAUGGAAGUUUUAGCAACAACAGGCUACCACAGGAGCAGUGUUGUUUAAAGCUUUGAAAUCCCUCCUGCUUAUGACAUGAAAGACCAUGAGAGUUCAGAACUGAAAGGGGUCUGGAGGCAGAGUAUGUCACGCUUUCAAGAAGGAUACUGAAAGGAAAAGACAACACUAAGAGCUUGCUUUUCAAAGAGCUCGUAGAGAGGUUUUCAUUGAAGUGGACUGACUUUGUUGUAAGGUUGUUUCAGCUCAAGUUUGGCAGAGCUCACCCUCCCCUGCUGAGGAGAUGUUUUAGUGUGAUAAUUAUUCACUGUAAUGAAACAGCUGUUGCAAAUAUCUUGAUCUCGAGGUUUGAAUAGUGAUAAGUCCUUAAUGUUUCUGAGGGGUUAUAACCCCAUAUAGCUGUUUUGUGAAUCAUCAGUCUCUGUGGAGUAAAUUUUAGCACGUGACAAUACCUGUGUAUUCACUGUAUAGAAAUAGGACACCUGUGAGUGAGGGUAUAUAGCCGACGAAAUCUACUGUGGUACUUCCAUGUUAUUGUAAGGUCUGUGUUUGUAUUAUUGUAAACACAUAAUAUGUAAGGUACAAACAAGUGAUUCAAGCUUUGUUCCAUAAGGGACUGUCCAAAAAUGAUUUGGAAGAAGAGAGGGGCUGAAUGUUUAUUUCUCAAUGUAAAAAUGGAAGAAACCCCUCGCUUGGGUAAUUAUAUCCCCUGAAAAGAAACACAAGCUAUUUCUUUGAACGUUUACUUUUUGACAAACAAAAUAAUGUUGAAUGACAAAAAUUAUCCUCGACAUGGACUGUAUGUGUGUGGCUUGACCAGGUUUGACUACCAACAACUGCAAACUACCAACAAGAAGUAAAUGACCAGAGCUGAAAUACAGAAAUCUCUUGAGUAAAGACAAAACUUUGUAAAGAAUAUGUUUUUUAUUUUGGGAACCCAAGGGCCUUUAAUGUUUUCAAAACAGGUUGCUUUUUAUUUACCUUUGAAAAACACGCACUUAAACUAAGAUGCAUGGCAAUGACAUGAAUAAACCAACCUCCCUGUUUUUCUCAACUUAUACUACUGCUUAUAAUUUUUCCACAGUCCCUUAGAAUAUAAAAAAAAAUAAGGUUGAUCCACAUUAGUUACAGAUUUUAAUUUCAGAAAUUGUCUUGUCAUGCUUUUAAG